AUUAUAGCUCCAGUGAAAGCACACAAAAUCAUAAUUCAAGGAAUGGCCUGAAUAAAAAACCAGAUUUAAAAGGAUAUCUUGGUUUAGAGAAUCAUAAUAUAGAAGUAUUUUUUGUAGAAGUAUCUUCUGGUCCUUUUGAAUCUACAAUCGCUUCUAUCAAACAUGAGGAAGAUGAUUACAAAAAAUUGAUUUUAUUUUCAAAAGAUGCUUACAACUAUAUAAGAGAAAAUUAUUCUAGUGAUGACAGUAAUUGGGUUUCUAAAAUUCAGACAAAGAUUCACAAAAUAAUCGAGGAAAUUUGCAUUAAUUAUACAUCCGAUAAAGAGCACAAUCAGAGUAUGGAAGGAAUAUUGAGUGAUCAAGAGUUAACAAAUGAAGAAUUAGAAGAUUCAUUUUCAGAAGAAGACACAUCUGAGGAUUUGACUGAUAGUUCCGAAGAAUUGAGUAAAUGUAAAAAUGGAUCAUUAAUUCACAAUAAAUAA